AUGUUCAAACGUUUGAUCAAAAGCAAAAAAAGAGUAGAACAAAGAAAAAUAAGGCCAAAGAAGAAAAGAACUUGCUGUCAAAGAUGUAGACGUAAAAUUCUUAAAUGGUGUUGUAGAAGAAUAAAACGAUGUAUCAAAAAGAAAGUUUUUGGUAUACCAGCUCCAAAGCUGAGAGAUAACCUGAAACUUAAUAAAAGUCAAGGGGCUCUUAAUAAAGAUAUGGAAAAACUUUCCAUUAAAAAGCCAGUAAUCGAACUUUUCAGAAAUUAUCUAUACAAAUCGACAAAAAGUAUUCCGAUGAAAAAUGCAUUUAUUGAUGAAAUUGAUAAAUAUUUUGAACCUCAAUCUAUAGGAAACAGAUUAAAAUCAUUUGUCUCUGAUUUUAAAGAAAGAAAUUUAUCUCUCGAUGUAUUAAAAGAUUCCAAAUUAUUUUUAAAUAAAGAAGAAAAAAGUAGGUUUAAUAAAUUUGCCAAGAAAUAUGAAAAUAAAAGUGCAUUGCUUAAAAGUUAUGAAAACUUGAGGAAAAAAAUUCCCUUGACUGCUUCAAAAAGUAUUAUAUUUCGAAAUAUGAUGGAUGAUUAUAAAAAAGGCAAUUUCUCCUUUACUGAGUUAACUGAUAAACAGAUAUAUGAUAUAAAUAGUAUGAACAGUCAAGAUCUCAAUAAGUUAUUAGUUCAAUUUGAAUCGAAGAAAAAAAAGAAUAGUAUUUUCAAAAACAUAGACAGUAAGAAAAUAAAUUCAAAGUUUAAAAACUUUUCAUUAACAAAUUUAGAGUUCUUAAGAAACAUUAAUAGCGACGAAUUGAAAAAACAAUUUUCAUUGACUGCAUCAAAACAUAAGAUGUUAGGAAAUAUGAUUGAAGAUUACAAAAAAGGGAAAAUUUCACUAACAGCAUUACAGAGCGACUUAAAAAACGACAAGAAAAUUUUAAAUAAAGAAAACUUAAAUCAAAUGUUGAAAUAUUAUAAGGAGCAAAAAUCGAAACAUCAACCAAUUGUGAAACAAUCUAAAUUUAAACAACUUAAGUCUGAUCUGAGGGCAAAAAUUGACUUUUUGUGAUUUUACUUUAACCAAUACAAAAAUAAAGGCAAAAAUAAUUCUUCUGACAUUUUAUACUAUGAAUAUCACUUUAAUAAGCGAAAAAUUAAUUAAAAAAAUAUUUUUACGUUGUUUGUGAUAAGAGACAUGUUUACAAAGUAUGGUGGAUUUACUAUGAUUUGGAUAGCGGUAAUACCUUCGAUAAUAAUUAACGCUAACGAUUGUGGUAAGGAUAGUAUUGAAGUACAAAUUAAAGCACCCGGACAAAAACUCAGUUAUUUAGAAAGUACAGAACAAGUAAAGAAAGAAAGAAAAAGAAAGCGGUGCUGUCCUUAUAACUUUGAUGGGAAAUUAUGUAGAACGGUAGGCGAUAGAGUUUUAUGCGGAUAUAAUAGAAAUGUAGGUGGACCAGAAAAUGAAGAUGAAGAUUUGGUAUUACAAAAUGGCUGUCGUAUAAGGAAAGGAAGGCUAGAAUGUGGGUACAACGAACCACCAUUUUUGAAUUCUCGAAGGCCACCAGUUUGGGACUAUGCUUUGCCAGAGGAGAAUGACAACAACCUACACAUAUUGGAUGUUUCAAGUAAAGAAGAAAAAAUUCAAAAGUUGAAUUUAUUGAGUACAAAUAAACCAAAACUAACCACCCGGUGUGUUGAAAUAAAGGAGCGCAUUGUUUGUAG